AUGAUCGGAUUGAUCUACCAUUUUCACCUGAUUCAGAAUCACCUUGGAGCUCAUAUUUCCGAAGUUCCGGCAAUAAUACCACACAACCCAAAUGGAAUCCCCAAACUGCUCUGGUACAAAUUGGGUCCCAAGGGACUUUCUGAAAAGGCACGGAAUUGGACCGACACUUGCAUCAAGGGCAACCCUGAAUAUCGACCACACUUUAUGACGGACGAGAGCGGCGAUGAAUACGUUCGCAAAACCUUUGCAUUCCGUCCCGAUAUCGUCGACACGUACCUCGCAUUCCCUAUUCCUAUAUAUAAGGCGGACAUGCUACGCUAUCUGUUACUUUGGGAUCAAGGUGGCGUAUGGUCGGAUUUGGACGUCUCGUGCGAAGGUGUGCCUAUGGACGAAUGGGUACCACCUGAAUACCAAGGAAAAGCUUCACUUGUAGUAGGAUGGGAGUUUGAUGCAGGCCACGACGAGCCCUACAUGCGCCAGUUCUGCAGCUGGACUUUUAUGGCUAAGCCACGGUUACCACACAUGAUGCAGGUUGUUGACGACAUCCUUGCAGAUGUACGAGCAAAGACUCUUCAGUAUAACGUUCCGGUCGAAAACAUCACACUGGAUAUGAUGGGAGAUGUUGUUGAUUUCUCGGGUCCCCGACGCUUAACGACUGGUACCUUUAGGAGUUUGGCGAAGCGACUCAACAGGACCCUUGAUGUAACCGAAACAUAUAACAUUUUGGAGCCGCGACUCUUCGAGGAUGUCUUAAUAUUACCAGCACAUUCAUUCUCGCCGCUCACAAACAGGUAUACACCGGAGGAAAAGUUGAUCCUGCCACCGCAACUGGUGACCCAUCACUAUUCUGGGAGUUGGAAGAACGACAAGGGGGGUGAGCAGAAGCGUAGAAGAUGA